ACAACAAAAUGUUGUUAAAAAUAAAACUUAAGCUACAAAAAGGUUGUAGGCCUACAUCAAACAAACAGUAUUGAUUUGUCAUUAACGUAAGAAGAAGUAGAGUCACUCAAAGGAGGCAGGCACUGACGUCAAUUAGGACCCAACACAUUUAAAAACUUCAAUCACCACUACAGUCUUGUUAGUCGGCCAAGAUUUAGUGAUGGCCUCAGUGCUCCUCAACAUACACGUGGUCACAGUGUUUGUGCUGAGCUGCGCGCGUGCCGUCCCACUACAGGGCCAAAAGUCGCCUCAAGUGGACCCCUUAACGGUCCCCCGGGCGAACCCGCAGUGCUGGGACUCCUCCUCGGCUCUGCUGCUGGAGAUGCGGUCCCCGAGGAUCGCAGAUACGGUCCCCGCCUUCUGGGACCUGAUGGAGUUUCUCAGGGCUUCAGAGAACAGCAAACACACGGCGCUGUUCUGGGACCUGGCCCGAGUGUUCUGGGACCUUUACCUGGACUGCGUUCUGUCCAGGAGUCACGGCCUGGGGCGGAGACAGGUGACCGCGGUACAUUCCCUCAUCACUGACAAGUCCUUCAGAUUCAACAGGUCAGGAGCGAAAUCACAGGCGUGGCUCAGUGUCAGAGUGAGAUGUAGAGGACACAUCAAGACCAUGAAGACCAAAUCCAAAACAAACACGCACCAUCAUAAAUAAUAAAGAAUAUAUCCAAAUAUAUAUUUUCCCCACUGAGAAACUCAGAUAUUUCACUUUAAUUUUUUACUUUAGGUGACUGUCCUGAAAACAGCUGUACAACAACAUGCGUGUAUGUUUGUUUUUAACUCUAAUAAAUUUAUGUAUCAUGGCUAUAAA